CGCCCGUUCCUCGAGGCUCGAGCAAACCUUCAAAGACAUUAGGUGGCGGGGUGUCGAGGCUUGACUUUUUUAUCCCUUCAAAUCAUUAUUCAUAACGUGCUGGUAAAAAAGUUAUUCAAUAAAAUACGAGUCUAACAUUUUUCUAUAAUCCAAUUGUUUUUUCUUUGGUCUCAUCCAUCGCUCAUCUCACUCUCGCAUUUUACAAUUAGCAACAUUCAAUCCAUAGCUUCAAACUUACCAUGGACGAUCAAUUCAACGGCCGCACGGACGACGAUCUGUUUGCAGAUGACUUCGAACCCGUACCAAUUCCCGUACCAAUUCAAGAAGAGAUUCCAGCGAAAAAUGAACCAAGCGCUCCUCCGGUAGUCGAGAAUCAAUUACCACCUACGAGUUCCGAACAGCCCACUGCAGCGCCGGUCCAGCCUGCUCCAACCCUGAAUGCGCCUCGGUCUCUCGCUCAAUCGCGACACGCACACGCAAAGCAGCCUCCGUCGUCAUCAUCGCAUCAUCAUCCGCGACCGCGCAAGCACUCGCCAAAGCCCCCAGCUGUAGACUCUCAGCAGCAGCAUCAGCAGCAACAGCAGCAGGGGUCUCCGGCUAAAAGCACUACUAGUAGCGGGAUUGGGGGUAGCGAUAAGAAAGCGCAAGCAGCGGCCGCGAAGUCCGGUCAGAAUACGGCCCUCGCGGAUCGGCUGGCGUCCGGCGCAAAUCCCCGCACGAAGCUGACCGAGUCUGAACUCGCGAGCAAGAUGGAACAGAUGCGAAUCUUGAAUGCGGAGAAGACGCGACGGUUCGAACAAGCCGAGCGCGACAGUCGCUCGCACGCUAUCGCUUACGAGAAGGGUAUGGAGGAGGCGCGGCGGCGUCGCGCCGAAGAAGCUGAGCGACGUCGUAGAGGCGAGGAAGAGAGGCGCCGCAUGGAUGACGAGCGCGCUGCUAAUCGCGAGCGGAAACUGAAAGCUAUGGGUGCCAAGGAAGGCGGUAGCUGGGACGAGGGUAAGAAUCUCGAGGACGAGCGAGAUAGGAGAGCUGGCUUUCGGGGCGCGAACGGCGGUAUUCGCGGCGCGCGUAGUAAUAAUGGUGGUAUAGCCGGAAGUAGGUUCGCGGAGAGGGAUAACGACACAAUUCCUAGGGAGUUUGGCUUCGAUGAUUUCAGAGGAAGAGGGCGCGGCGGACGCGGGAGAGGAGGUUCGACUAGAGGCGGCGGCAGAGGAGGUAGAGGAGGAGGCUUUAACUACGAUGGCGAAAGGGAUGCUGCUUAUAAGUCGUCAGGAGCAACGACAUCACAAAAUGGCAGCAAGCCCCAAGCGCAAAAGCCGGCACAAGCUCCUCCUACCGCGGAAGACUUCCCAGCUUUACCACCGGCUAAGAAGCCUGAUACGGCAAACAACGCGGCAGCUGCGACGAAUUCUUCUGUUCUACCACUUGAGCUUAGUUCGCCUAUUGGGAAAUGGGAUGAUGAGAUGGCCGCUCUUGACGCCCAGACUGGGGCUUAGAGAGAGUCCCUUCUAAUAGAGUGAGCUCCUACAGAAGUUUGCAAGCGAAGUGAAAAGAAAAAGAAAAGGAGAAAAAAAGAGGUAAAUAUUCCAAUAGAGUGUAUGGUAAGGACAAUUCCGCAGAGAAGGAAAUUUGGAUUACAGGCUCGCGCAAUACAGCCCAGGAUAAGAGCAUUAGAGAU